AUGAAGUCGACAUCUCCAAAAGGAGAUGAAGAUCCACAAAAACCACAUGAGGUACAUAAGGCUCAUCCGCCGAAUGAAAAAAUAAAAUCAGAAACGACAAAGAGAGGUCAAGAUAAGAUUAGUUUAAAUUUUUCGUCCUUACAGACCAGUAUUCGUAUUCCAAUUCCAAAACAAUACUCAGGAAAGCAUCAUCCACCUGUUGUUGAGACAAUUCAGCCCCCUCCUCCACCUCCUCCGCAACCUCCAAUAAUUCCACCGCCAGUUCAACCCAUACAGCCUCCACCUGUACAGCAAGUUGAAGUAAAACCAAAAGUAGAAAAUACUCCUGAAGAUAUUUUUAAUGUUGAAACAUUUGUUCCCAGUAAAAUCGAAGUUCGAAUUCCAAAAGUUACAGAAAAGAAUAGAGCUGUGUUAACUAAACUUAAUACACCUAGGUCUGAUGUUCCGCCCCUUGAAUCUCCAAAAUUUUUAGAAAAGGCACAGCAUCUUGAUAUCAACACUGUAACUAACAAUACAGCCGCAAAACCACCUCCUCCACCAAACCCUGUAUCGAACCUACAGAUGCUGCUUCAAACAGCAAGCAAAGCAGCGAAACCAGCGCCAAAAGUUCAAAAAAAGGUUUUACUUAAGCAGUUUCCUCCCCAAAACCAACCAAUAUUCCCGCCAAUCAAUACAGAACCUCCCAAAGAGGUUUCUUUCCCUCAAUUCCUCAUGAAUACGCAAAAUUCGUUAUUGAAUACAAAUCCUGCAGCAAUUGCAGCUGCGGCAGCCGCAAGGACAAUACAAGCGCAGAAAAUCAUAUUCCCAUUCCAAAUACCUCCUAAAACAGAACCGGAACAAAAAAUUCCUCCUCCAACUCCAGUUUGCGCUGCUCCUAACCCAGGUCUGCCUCCGGCAUCCGAAAUAAGAGCAUUAAUAGAUGGAAUUGAUGGAGAAAUUGCCAUUCUUAAGCAGAAUAUGCAAGUCAAUAUUCACGAAUUAGAAAUUUCAUUCUUAUCAGCGUCAAAAACCUCUGAAAUCAAGACAGAAACUAAUGUACAGAACUACCAUGGAUUCUUAAUACCUCAUAAUCCAAUAGAAUUUUUCAAAAAAGCAAAUUCAGAAAAAAUUGCGAAAAGCCAUGCGAAAUACAAACUUCCUGUUGAACGUAGAAAAUAUUUACAUAUCACACAACUCCCCAAAUACUGCGAAGAGAUGAAAUCCGAAGAAACAAACAUAAAUCCGAUGUUACGUGUUAUAAUGCAGGAAAAGGCCUUACUUAGACAUAGAAAAAUCCAACUCGCAUGGGAAUAUAAGCAAAGGAGUAUCCCGUGGAAUGAAUUUAAUACAAAUUUGUCGAUAUAUACUCACGAAUCUCACGAAAGCAUCGAUUUGUGGCCACCAGAGUUCGCUGUCAACAAACUUAAGACCACUGACAAGUCAAUUUUACUUCCUCUUUGUGCUCCUGACCAACCAAUGCUAUUAUCAGAUGCAGACAAAGAGGCAGAGCUUUAUUUUGAUGAGAACAACUUCGUUGAGAAUCCAGAAGCAGAACACAAACAGUAUAAAAACAGAAUCUCGUGGACAGAAAGCGAAAUCAGAAUCUUCCUGGAAAAAUACGCCCAGCAUCCUCGGCAGUUCAAGAAAAUCGCUGCAGCCCUUCCUCUGAAGUCUGUGAAAGACGUAAUCGAGUUCUACUACAUUCAGAGAAUCAAAAUGAACCUGAAGGACUUGGAAAAGAUCGGACAUACAAGAGGAAGAAGGAAAGCUUUGUUCAUUGAACACCCUCUAUAA